UGCGCCGUUGUUGCUAGGAGACCGACGAGUCUGGAGAGAGAUGGAUGCGUACGGCGCACGCGCCGGAGACACGUCACGUGACCACAGACGGCAGGAUGGCACGACUGACUAGGCGUGUGCCUGCCUCAAGUAACAAAGAGCCUGCCUCAAGACAAACAGAAGCUUUUGGUGAAGAUGAUCAGGAUAUAACAGCAAGACGGCCCAUGAUGAAUAUGAACAAUGAAAAUUCUGGACAUGAAGAUUCUGGAGAAAUAAGAAGAAGCCAUAUAAUGGUGUUACAGGGAAAAGGAGUUACAAGUUUGGUCCUUACGCUUCUGAAUUUAUUUUUGCAUGGUUUAUUGAGCAUACUGCAGAAAUACAGAUAUCUGAUCUGGGUUUCACUUAAUAUUCUAAUUGUUGGCGGGUUCAUGUACUAUUAUUUUGAUGACAAUGCUUCAUGUUUAUCAGACAGGGAAUCACUAAAAAUUCAGCUGAUAGAGUUAGAAGCAAAAGCGGAAAGUGAGAAGAGGCUCAUAGAGGGAAAACUACAAAGUCUGCAGGAAUCAGACUCUGGAGGAGGCUAUACUUCUGCAAUAAUGGCCCCCUGAAUAUUUUUUGCAAUAAUUUCUUAUUUUUUAUGGACUUAUUACAUACCUUAUAGACUGCUGAUUUGGGACCAGGAGAGAAGCAACUUGAUGUCCACUUUCCAUUAUAAGAAGAAUUUCACCUACAGAUAGUAUCAAUAAACUAAUCAUAGGCCCUCACAGUGUGGAUAGGAUUCUUCAUGAAUUGUUGGGUUUAUGCAGUAACACAGACUAUAUGGUUGUACAUAUAUUUAUAUAUUACUUUUAUUAAAUUUUUUAAUCUUUGUUUUUUUUUUAAAGAAACAAAAAUAGAGCAUAUGUUUUACAGUGCAAUGUGGUUUGUGACAUCUGAAAAAGGCCUCUCGAAUGUUAUACUAAUAUGUGAUCCGAGGUUUCUCAAACAUGCACAAAGGAUGCGGUCUAUCGCAAGCCCUUCACCAACAGGAGAAAGGCCCCCCAACAAACCUUACCCUUCGCCUCCUGACCAAAAGGCACCUGCGAGGUUCCAGGUUCAAUGUCCCUUUUUGCUGAAGCUACUAAGGAACCACAAAUGCCCCCAGCAUCCCCCUAGGCAUUAGCCAAGGUAUCUGCCUGCAGAGCCGUCAACGGUCGGUACCCUGCCCAAGCAGGUGUACCCAGGGUUUUUGCAGGGAGGUGCGGAACCUAAUGGCCACACAGACCUCCCCUAGACCACCAGGAGGGAUUCCCAGAAGGGCUACCGCAUCCUAACAAAUCCUGUGGUCACACAACACGCAUAAAGUGACACUGAACAAAAAUAAAGAAAUAAGUGAAUGGGGUUUAUUUACUAAGAUUGGAGUACUGUAU